AUCAUCCGAGUCCGACCCGAUGCCUAUCUUAUGAAUUAUGAUAUGAAAACUCUCCAGAACCGCUUAUUUCGGCCAGUUGAAAUCACAAUGAGUUACGAGGGAUUCUUCGAGGGUUUUACGAAAUUUUCAUCUGCUUCAGAUUGGAAGCUUGCGUGUUGCUUUUGGUCGUACAUGGAAUUGAAGCUGGGGCCUUCGGAAGCAGGAAUUUCAAUUUCCCAAGGCACACGAGGUUGCAGCGCAAGAGUGUACAGUGGGCUUACUUAUACUUUGAUGAUAGAUGACAUGUAGAAGUUGAAAAAAUUGUGCGGUCUUAUCAAAAUUUGAUCGAGACUUCAUUAAUCUUCAGGCAUGUCAUUAGCAUUUAACACAAACUCAUAUCUUUCUAUUGUAUAACAUUAUUAACAAUUUUUCGUAAUUCAUAAUUGUGGAGGAAAGCAAGACAGUUGAUAAUUUAUACUAAUCAUACACGAUUUUACAUUAUUAUUUGAAUAAUUGAGCAAUAGCUUAAAUGUGAAGCGUGUCGAGGAGUAAUUGCUUUGCAUGCAAACAAUUUAGACACGUGUCUCCUAAAAGACCCCGGGCUUGAUGCCCUACUUGAUAUUUUUCUUUCUAUCAUCGAUGUCAUCGAAGGGUUGAGGCGGCGCCCUACGCAUUUAUAAGAACCAUCGCCAAAGCGGAGAAAAAUAAGAAGUGCUCGAUUAGGUUUCAACCAUUUCUCUCUCAGAUCGUCUUCCAUCGCUUGCUUCAAAACUCUUUUAUCACCAGAAUUUGCUCAUUACCAUGGCUGACAUGACUCCUGAUUGCUCCCGGCUGCAAAUUGACGACGUGCCUCGAAUUGGCCAUAUUGAAGAAAUUAUGGUCAACAUUCUCCCGCGACUUCCUGCAAAAACUGCUGUAAAAUGCAAGACGGUCUGCAAAUUCUGGUCACGUUUGAUAUCUGAGCCAGAAUUUCCGACCUUGCAUCUAAAGCACUCAAAGAACAACCCGAAGUGUGUUCUAUGUCCGUACUCUCGUGAAACUGCAGCAGCCUCUCAUCUUUACAUAAUGGAAGGAAAUGGAGAGAUUAGCCAAAGCAUUCAAAUCUCUGGUAUCGAGAAUAUUCCGUCAUCUGACAUCAGCUGCUCAUCGAAAGGUCUCUUCCUCAGUGUCGAAGAAGAUACCCACAAGAUGAACAUGGUUCAUCUUCGCAUAUUUAAUCCUUAUACUCGUGAUGUCUUGCAACUUCCUCUCGGGACUCGGUCAGCUGCACUUCCAUGCGUUGGAGCCCUAAUUACUGGAAACAAUGAGUUCAAAGUCUUCCGAUUCUAUGGGGUUUCGAGCCACAGAAAUUUUAGCUACAAGUGUGAAGUAUUUGCAUCCGGUUCGACAUCAUGGAGAACGAUUUCCAAUUAUGUAGAGAUUCUCUCUCGUCAUCCUUGGCAUCAACUCUGCCCGCGCUAUGCAAAUGUAGACGAAUCUUUGUAUUGGUUCGUGAAUUGCCUAUCUAACCCUGGUGUACCUCUCUGUAUACUUUCAAUCAACCAGAAUGAAGAGGUGAUCGAAAUUCGCUUGCCGGGAAGACUGUCUCCGAUAAACUUCUUAUUCGAGUUUGAAGGGUGCCUGGCUGUCCUGCAUGUGGUUCACAAUUUUAUGCAUUCGGACGAACCUAUGCAUCUGGAGAUUUUUAAAUAUGUGAACGAUUCAUGGCACCUUCGAUCAAGGGUUGAAUUCGAGCCUAAGCCCAUCUGCCAGGUCAACUCUGUAGUGGCGUACAAAAACGAGAUGUUCUUCAUUGUCAGGCUCGAAGAUAAUUCCUUAUGGUAUGUGAUUUUUAAUGCGGAUAAAGGAACUUUCACUACGCUCGAUCAUCUAAGUGAAAGGUUUGCGAGGUUCGCUCCAUUUGCAUUUCCAUUUGUCGAAAGCCUGCUCAAAUGGAGUGGAGCUUGAUGGAAUGGUGAACUUCUUGAAUUACGGCAAUAAUUUCAAGAGGCUUGUGGGAGGAGUUUCAGUAUGAGAAGAUGUUGUGAACCCAAGACGGGCCAAGUUCAAUGACUUCGGAGAGUUUCUCACUAUGUACUCUCGAUGGAUUUUAUCGUAGUUGUUUCGUAUUAAUCAUUUGCAUUUGGAUUUUUUUUUCAUUUUUAUUUCUAUCAAAAACUUUGCGGGUGUUCGAAAUUUGACGUUGCUCUCCUUUUAUGCUGUAGACUUCGUUUUUACUUGUAUUAAUUUUGUUUUGGUUGUGGUUCUCUUCAA